AUGAUCGCUACGCAGAGUUCCCUGGUUUUAAGAUUCGUCAAGGAUCAAUUUGACGAUUAUCGCGAAUCCACUAUCGGCGCCGCUUUCUUGACACAGACGAUUUCGCUCGACGAUACCACCACAGUCAAGUUCGAAAUCUGGGAUACUGCGGGUCAAGAAAGAUACAAGUCUUUGGCUCCCAUGUAUUAUCGAAAUGCCAACUGUGCUGUUGUGGUCUAUGACAUCACCCAAGCGUCAUCAUUGGAUAAGGCCAAGUCCUGGGUGAAGGAACUCCAGCGCCAAGCAAAUGAGAACAUCGUCAUUGCGCUGGCCGGUAACAAGUUGGAUUUGGUGACAGAGAGCCCCGACAAGCGAGCUAUUCCGACCGCAGACGCCGAAGCUUAUGCGCGUGAAGCCAAUCUCCUGUUCUUCGAGACUUCCGCCAAGUCAUCUACGAAUGUGAAGGAGCUGUUUACUGCCAUCGCAAAGAAGCUGCCUCUCGACCAAGCUGGUCCUCGGAACCUGCGGGCAGCUCCACGACCGGGCGUUGACCUCCGACCCGAAGCCCCUGGCACCCAAGGCGCCGGUGCAUGCAACUGCUAA